AUGUCAGAUAUUGAAGAUCCUGUUGAAUUGAUGCUCAAAAAGACCGGUUGCAUUGAAUUACAUUACAAAGUGCAGGAGUGCAUUGCCGAAACAGGAGAUUGGCGCAGUUGCCAAGACAAAGUAAAGGAAUUCAAAGAGUGUAUGCUUAAAUACACAAAAGAACAAACUGAAAAAUAUAAAAACAUCAAGUGA